UUCCUCGUGGUGGUUUUGGGCAAGCAACCGUAUGCCGUGGGGUGAAGAAGAAGAAGAGAGGUCCUCUCCGUGUUAGAGCCGUUGAAAUCCGCUCUGUAUCUGUUCUCCGAGAGAGGGAGAGGUCCGUUAUCAAUUUCUUGCAACCCAAGCUUCCAUAAAGAAGAGAGAUUUCUCCCUAUUUCUGGAGGGAUUUUCUGGUCUUCGUUUUGAAAAAUUUCGGAGCCGAUUUCGAACAUAGGAUGCAGAAGAUUAGUUAAUUAGGGUAUUUUUUUGGGGGAGAUUUUCGUGCUGCAAAUGGCUACAUCGGUUAGUAGACGGGUUGCGAUUUCGAUGACACGAUGGUCGGCAUUGCGAUGUAACAAUGGCGGGUCGUCGUUGGCUGUUGUGGACAGAGUCGGGCUCGAAUCGUCUUCUUCCAUCUGCUUUUCGGGUUCGGGUUUCCGGCAUCACAGCAGAACCGACUUCCGGCAGAUUUCUCAGCUUGUGAAAUCCAACGGAAAGCGUGCGUUUCUCGUCGAUACGUUAGCGCUGGUCAGAAGGUUAGAAGCACAAGGCAUACCGUCCAAACAAGCCGAGGCUAUAACUGCAGCCAUUACUGAAGUUUUAAAUGAUAGCUUGGAAAAUUCAGCUCAGACGUUUGUAUCGAGAUCGGAGAUGCAGAAGAUUGAAAUGACUCAAGACUCAAACCUCUCUAAGUUCAAAUCUGAAGUAAAAGCCUCCCAGGAGCACCAUUUUUCGGUGUUACAACGUGAGACUGAAAAACUCCGAACUGAUAUUGAAAGGAUGCGCAGUGAGUUGAGGUAUGAGAUUGACAAAGUUACGGCCGGACAGCGUUUGGAUCUAAACCUUGAAAGAGGGCGGAUAAGGGACGAACUAGCCAAUCAGAAUGCAGAAACCUCCAACCUCACCAACAAGCUCGAUAGGGAAAUUCAUUCGUUGCGGGCCCAACUGGAAGCAGCAAAGUAUGACGUGAUUAAAUACUGCAUAGGUACCCUUGUCUCCAUCUCUGCCGUCGGUCUUGCUAUAAUCCGCAUUCUAAUGUAAAAGCAUUUUUUUUUAAAAAAAACUCGGGAAAGUAAAAGGAGAGCGACAGAAAGGAAUUCAUUUAUUUUCAUUUUUCCACUGAGGUACUGAUGCCGAAAAGUCGUAAAAAAAGGUGGCAUUUAUCACCAUGGUUGGACAUCGUGCCUCAAGGAAGCAUUGCAAUCAAUGGACGUAAUCUUUUGUAUGGACUGUGUUGUCCCAGUUGCUUUUGUAUUUAUUUACUAACUAUUUAUCAGUUCAUUCACUUUUGUA